AUGGAAAGCAGAAGUAACCGUGUGGGAGGAAGAUGGAAUGAUAUGAGUUGUGAAGAAAAAUCGAACGUGAUUCAAGAAGAGAUCAAAAGGAUUAGUAAACUUCCUUCGAACAGUGUUUAUGCAAUUCAUCGUCACAAGGUUCUCAACAAAAUCAACCAUCUCUUAUCUGUCCAAAGAACAUUGUUGCAAGAGAAGGAGUUAGAAUUGCUAUUCACACAGCUCUCUCUGUAA